AUGGUUGUUCACCCACAGUCGGUACAAGUAUUGGGAGAAAGUUCCAGCGUUCCUGAAAGUGAAACCUCCCGAGAGAGUUAUGUUGAGGGUGUGGAUUCCCAACCACCUGCAGAUGUGUUUUCCCAGAUAAUCACCGAGUCAGUUAAUGUCUUUGUGAAUGACGGAUCAAGUGAAGGCGCUUAUCCACUAGAUCUGGUGACGCCUUCGAAGUCAGCUUCGGAGGUGGUCAAGUUCCCAACGCUAGAAUCCAAAAUAUUCUUGCGAGAUCUGCGUAGUGACAAGACCAAGCAGAUCGGCGUACUCUUCACAGAGGACGAGUACGCCGCCGGUAUUCGGUCGGCACAAGUGUUUGCUGAGAACGAACGGGUUCUCAGUAGCUUAUCUAUGGACGAGAGUGUCCUCGAUGAGAAGGCCUGGAUUGAGCGAUACACGUCACAAUCUUGGCAGUCUUUGAAGACAAAUCCUUUGUGUAAGGAUUUGGUUGAAUUCAGGGAUGUUUACCUGAAUCCGUGCCAUGCUAGCUGCCAUAGGACAAAGGCACUCGGCAUGAGAUUGAACAGAAACCCGGUUCGAAGUACUGUGUCAUGA